AUGGUCGCGGAGGCAGCGAACGUGGAGGCAAAUCUAAGAGAGGAGAUCUGGAGAAUGAGAGGUGAGGGGAGAAAGAGGGGUGAGGUGAGAAUGAAAUCCGCAAACAUGGAGGCAGAUCUAAGAGAGGAGAUCUGGGGAAUGAGAGGUGAGGGGAGGAAGAGGGGUGAGAUUGAAAUUUGCGAACACGGAGGCAGAUCUAAGAGAGGAGAUCUGGAGAAUGAGAGGAAUAGUUUGCGAGCUAGUUGCACCGACGAGUUGCAGCUUGUUUUACUUGGUAGAGUCUACCCUUCCCAUUCUUCGAUGAAGACGGUGGCUCCAUACGGCUAA